AUGCGCCUAGGAACCAUAACGGAAGAACUUGACGAAAGACUUUGUGCGUGGCAAUUCGAUGUCCAAUGUAUCGUUGAAGUUCAAAGGCGAAAUGCGAUAUGUCGUGCUAUGGAAGGCUUUGCUCUUUUUAGGCACGCCCAUAAUGAUAGGGAAAAUUAUUGGAUUCUUUUACCCCCCACUCGAAAUGUCCUUCCUCCUUGCGCCACAGCCAGCCGGCCACCUUACAUUACCGCAAUGAUUCCCAAAUCAGUGCUGAUUCACACUGGUAAUGUACAGGCAAAGUUGUAG